AACCCGCCUCUCUUCCUCCAGUGGGAUGAAAAGUUUCUGGCGGCCUCAGUGACUGGAAGGGGAGGGGGAAAAAAAAAGAGGCGCAAGAUGGCGGAAAAUUUAAAAGCUUGUACUGUUUGCUGUAAGUCAACUUGGUCCCAGCUUCAAGAUCUGUGUCGUUUGGAGAAGCUGUGCUGCCCAAACUUGGGUAUUACCAGAAAAAACCUUUGUGAUUUUGAAGUGGAAUAUCUGUGUGACUACAAGAAAGUCCGUGAUGAGGAGUACUACCUGGUGAAGUGGCGGGGCUACCCUGAGUCAGAUAACACCUGGGAACCCAGGAAGCACCUGCGUUGCAUCAACAUACUGAAACAAUUCCACCGCGACUUAGAACAAGCCUUUAUCCGGCGAGGAGGGAAACUCAGGAAGAACAUUAGCUUGCUAGACCAAGGCAUCUCCAGCUACCUGGUGCAGAAGGCUAAACAGCGGAAAGCUUUGCAAAAUUGGGAGUAUGAGCUUAAUGUCAAACGCAACCACAAGGGACGGAUUGUGGUAGAAAAUGAGGUGGACAUGAGUGGGCCACCCCGGGACUUUAUCUACAUUAAUGAAUAUAAGGUCGGGGAGGGCAUCACUCUCAACCAGAUGGCUGUGGGAUGUGAGUGCUUGGACUGUCUGUCAGAAGCAGCUGGCGGUUGCUGCCCUGGUGCCUCCCACCACAAAUUUGCAUAUAAUGAGCUGGGCCAAGUGAAGAUCAAGGCUGGCUUGCCCAUCUAUGAGUGCAAUUCUCGUUGCAGCUGUGGGAUGGAUUGCCCCAACCGGGUGGUACAGAAAGGCAUUCGUUACGACCUUUGCAUUUUCCGGACAGCUAAUGGACGUGGCUGGGGUGUGCGCACGUUGGAGAGGAUACGCAAGAACAGCUUUGUUAUGGAAUAUGUGGGAGAGAUCAUCACAUCAGAGGAAGCUGAACGGCGGGGUCAGAUCUAUGACCGGCAGGGUGCUACUUACCUGUUUGACCUGGACUAUGUAGAAGAUGUAUACACAGUGGAUGCUGCUUACUAUGGCAACAUUUCUCAUUUUGUCAACCACAGUUGUAAUCCCAACCUACAGGUGUACAAUGUCUUCAUUGAAAAUUUGGAUGAGCGGCUUCCACGCAUUGCCUUCUUUGCUACUCGGUGUAUUCAUGCUGGCGAGGAACUUACUUUUGACUACAACAUGCAUGUGGAUCCAGUAAAUGAAGAAAGCACAAGAAUGGACUCUAAUUUUGGCUUAGUGGGAGGCCUUGGUGGCUCACCAAAGAAGCGGAUGCGCAUUGAGUGUAAGUGUGGCACAGAGUCCUGCCGGAAGUACCUCUUCUAGGUCUUUAUUAAUAUUACUUGGAAAAUGUCUGAUCAGGCUUGGACUGAGAGUGAAGAAGAAAAAAAGUUGGCAUUUGCUGAAAGACUGCAGAGGUGAGAGUUGGGAACUUAUCUGCUUGAAAAAACAAGUGACCACAACUAGGAAUUAUAAAGAGGGCAAUCACCCAUCUCUCCUGUGCAACCCAGCUCUAUGUGACUGCUUCUCACUCCAUACCAGAGUGUUCUUAUAGCAAGGUUUUGCUUGUCAGAGUUGCUGCUGAGAUGAUGUCUGGAAAAAAACUACAACAUAGGAGAGAAUCGCCAGGACCUCGGUUAAAGCUUCUAUUUUGAAGGCUUGAUUGCAAAUGCAACAGGGCAGAAAACACUGUCAUUCCCCACCCAAACCCGUUAUUUUCUUAGAGGUAAGGGGUCUUGAAUUUUAAUGGGAAGCACUUCUUAGCCGACUGAUAGAAAGGUGGGAAAACACAGCCAUUUAAAGAUAUUAAACAGAUGUCUGUGCACACACUGUGUUACCUCAAUGUGCCAUGUGACUGCUGUCUAUCUCUAUGUAUUAUGGAACCUUUUCAGUGAAGGUGGCUCAUUUGUACUUGAAAUCGCACUUACUACCCAGCAUAGAUUUAAACCCUAUGCAAACUGAAAAGCCCCAGUGCUUCCUCUUUUAACUAAUACAUUUGUUUUUAACAGGAAAUGUUUUAAAAUAUCUUUUUGGAAGUGGGUUGGGGUUGAAAAUUUUGUUUCUGGAAACAGCUGUAUUCUGGUAAUUGUUAUGAAGUUUUAAAAUAUGACCAAUGAAUUACA